UUUCCUUGUGCUGAGCUCCUGCUGGACCUGCCUCCAGGACUGCAGGGGUCUGGUGAGGGGGUUCAAGACACUUCAUCACUCUGUUCAUCCUCUUCUAAAUGUGGUCCAGGCUGGAUAUUUUAGGUCUUGUGCAGUGAGGCCCAACUCUCCAGGUCCCUUUCUCUUUCCUGUCUCAGGAGUUCAAACAUGACCAGGAAGAUCUUCACAAACACCAGGGAGCGGUGGAGGCAGCAGAACGUCAACAGCGCCUUUGCCAAGCUGAGGAAGCUCAUCCCCACUCACCCUCCAGACAAAAAGCUGAGCAAAAAUGAAACGCUUCGCCUGGCAAUGAGGUACAUCAACUUCUUGGUCAAGGUCUUGGGGGAGCAAACCCUGCAGCAAACAGGAGUGGCUGCUCAGGGAAACAUUCUGGGACUCUUCCCCCAAGGAUCCCACCUGCCGGACAGGACUCUACUCGAUGACUACCAGGUCCCUUCACUUGACCCAAGCCACAGCAUUGCAUAGUGGGGCUCCGGCUGUCAUCACCCAGGGCAGCCCUUGCUCUGAAGCCACUGGCUGUUGACAGCCUUUUGCAUGUUCCAGUGUCAACUUGAUGAAUAAUUUGUGAGGAAUGCACUUAUGCUUCACAGGAGGUGGCUCAGGGACAGCUGCAGGGAGCCAGACAGAGGCCAUGAGGAAGAUGGCUUUGGAGUCUGCUACCCCCGGAGCUCCAGACAGAGCAGCCUGCCUCUAUUUUAUGUAUCCAGGAUCUGCAUAAGAUGUUGUUUGGGAGGGGGGAAGUGUAGGUUAAAAACAGGCUUGGAAAUCACUGUUUUACUCAGUAUGUUUUCAAUUAUAAGGAAGGAGUUUUCCCAUAACAGAUCUCAAAUGGAUGAGUAGAAAAUGCUUCCCUCAGAACACAUUUUACAGUUUGUUUUGAAAAAUGAGGUAUAUGUGAUCGAGGGUGAACAAAAUAAGGUUGAUAAAUGUGAAGAGAGCCCUCACAGAAACCAACCUGGAGACUUGUGGAAACGUGAGAGAGACCCUUCUCACACGUGAGGAUUACAGGAACAUAGCAGAUACAUGUGGAAGAGCUCUGCAUCCUUUAUCCCUGUGGAAAUAUGAAGUAUUACCUGCAUUGAACCAUUUAUAUCUUUGUUAUCUCUAAAGCUGAACGGUGGAUUAUAUCUGUUAGAGGAAAGGACUUGAUAAUUUAUGAAUUAGAGUUCAUAGUUUUCUUAUGAAAAACAGGUAGCUAAAAUAGGUUAUCUAACCCCUUAGUUGCACAUGUCAGACAUUAAAACGUUUAAUUCAGCUCAAG